UGGGUCGGCCCAACGCGUCGUCGACGGGGCGCGGAUCGCGGCCGGUGGUAGCAGUACCCGGUCGGCGUCCGCUCGCUCGGCUAUUCGUCCUCCGCCCCGACGAGGCGUCCGUGGCCGGGCUUCCGCAGUCAUGCUGCGGUCGGCGCGGCUCGCGCUGCCCCUCUGAGUCCCGGGACGGCGGCGAGCGCGGCGAGCUCGGGUCGCCAUGCCUACCCGAGUGUGCUGCUGCUGCUCUGCCCUGCGUCCUCGCUACAAGCGUCUAGUGGACAACAUAUUCCCUGAAGACCCCAAAGAUGGCCUUGUUAAAGCUGAUAUGGAGAAACUGACAUUUUAUGCAGUGUCUGCACCAGAGAAGCUCGAUCGGAUUGGUGCCUACCUGGCAGAAAGGCUGAGCAGGGAUGUUGUCAGACACCGCUCCGGGUACGUUCUAAUCGCUAUGGAGGCGCUGGACCAGCUUCUUAUGGCCUGCCAUUCUCAAAGCAUCAAGCCAUUUGUAGAAAGCUUCCUUCACAUGGUCGCAAAGCUCUUGGAAUCAGGGGAACCAAAGCUUCAGGUUCUUGGAACAAAUUCUUUUGUCAAAUUUGCAAAUAUUGAAGAAGAUACACCGUCCUAUCAUAGACGUUAUGACUUCUUUGUAUCUCGAUUCAGUGCCAUGUGUCACUCCUGUCAUAGUGAUCCAGAAAUCCGAACUGAGAUUCGCAUUGCUGGAAUAAGAGGCAUUCAAGGUGUAGUUCGCAAAACAGUUAAUGAUGAGCUUCGGGCUACCAUUUGGGAACCACAGCAUAUGGAUAAGAUUGUUCCUUCUCUUUUGUUUAACAUGCAGAAGAUAGAAGAAGUUGACAGUCGCCUGGGCCCACCUUCUUCCCCCUCUGCAGGUGACAAAGAAGAGAACCCUGCAGUGCUGGCAGAGAGCUGUUUCAGAGAACUGCUGGGCCGAGCAACUUUUGGGAAUAUGAAUAAUGCUGUUAGGCCAGUUUUUGCGCAUUUAGAUCAUCACAAGCUGUGGGAUCCUAAUGAGUUUGCAGUUCACUGCUUUAAGAUUAUAAUGUAUUCUAUUCAGGCUCAGUAUUCUCACCAUGUGAUCCAAGAAAUCCUUGGACACCUUGACGCUCGUAAGAAGGAUUCUCCACGAGUUCGAGCUGGUAUCAUUCAGGUUCUGUUAGAGGCUGUCGCCAUUGCUGCUAAAGGUUCCAUAGGGCCAACAGUGCUGGAAGUCUUCAACACCCUGUUAAAGCACCUGCGGUUCAGCGUGGAACUGGAAGCCAACGAUUCCCAGAAGGGGUCUGUAGGCAGCGUCACCUUAAGCUCCAAAGACAAUGAUGAGAAGAUUGUACAGAAUGCUGUCAUCCAGACAAUAGGAUUUUUUGGAAGUAACUUACCAGACUAUCAGAGGUCAGAGAUCAUGAUGUUCAUCAUGGGAAAAGUGCCUGUUUUUGGAACAUCCACUCAUACUUUGGAUAUCAGUCAACUAGGGGAUUUGGGAACCAGGAGGAUUCAGAUAAUGUUGCUGAGAUCUUUGCUCAUGGUGACUUCUGGAUACAAAGCCAAGACAAUAGUUACUGCACUGCCUGGGUCAUUUCUGGAUCCUCUGUUGUCGCCAUCCCUCAUGGAAGACUAUGAACUGAGGCAGUUAGUCUUGGAAGUAAUGCACAACCUAAUGGAUCGCCAUGACAAUAGAGCAAAGCUUCGGGGCAUCAGAAUAAUACCAGAUGUGGCUGACUUGAAGAUAAAAAGAGAGAAAAUUUGUAGACAAGAUACGAGCUUCAUGAAAAAGAAUGGGCAACAGCUAUAUAGGCACAUAUAUCUGGGCUGCAAAGAGGAAGACAAUGUUCAGAAAAACUAUGAGCUUCUUUAUACAUCUCUGGCUCUGAUAACUAUUGAACUUGCCAAUGAAGAAGUAGUUAUUGACCUCAUUCGAUUGGCCAUUGCUUUACAGGACAGUGCAAUUAUCAAUGAAGAUAACCUGCCAAUGUUUCAUCGUUGUGGGAUCAUGGCACUGGUUGCAGCUUAUCUCAACUUUGUGAGUCAGAUGAUAGCUGUUCCAGCAUUCUGCCAGCAUGUUAGCAAGGUUAUCGAAACUCGAACUAUGGAAGCCCCUUAUUUUCUACCAGAGCAUAUUUUCAGAGAUAAGUGCAUGCUUCCGAAAUCUUUAGAGAAACAUGACAAAAAUUUAUAUUUUCUGACCAACAAGAUUGCAGAAUCCCUGGGUGGAAGCGGGUACAGUGUGGAGAGGCUGUCUGUUCCUUAUGUGCCACAGGUGACAGAUGAAGAUCGUCUUUCUAGAAGAAAAAGUAUUGUGGAUACCGUAUCUAUUCAGGUGGAUAUUUUAUCGAACAGUGUACCUUCUGAUGAUGUGGUUAGCAACACUGAGGAAAUCACCUUUGAAGCACUGAAGAAAGCAAUUGAUACCAAUGGAAUGGAAGAACAGGAAAAGGAAAAGAGACGUCUUGUGAUAGAGAAGUUCCAGAAAGCACCAUUUGAAGAAAUAGCAGCACAGUGUGAAUCUAAAGCAAAUUUGCUUCAUGAUAGACUUGCUCAAAUAUUGGAGCUCACCAUACGCCCUCCUCCCAGUCCAUCUGGAACAUUGACCGUUACUUCUGGGCAUGCCCAAUACCAGUCCGUCCCAGUCUAUGAGAUGAAGUUUCCAGAUCUGUGUGUAUAUUGACUGGCUCGUGAAGACUACAGCAUUUUAAGAGGACCUUAAAGCCUGAAAACCAGGACCAAGAGGACUGUCAGGAUUUGUGUAGUGCUUACUGGAAUGUCCUGAAGUGUUAUGGGACUUGUCUCUGCCAACACUUGUCAUGCUGUAUUAGAAGUUUAGGGACGUGAUUUAGAGGACCUCUGGAGAUAGGCUUAUACCACGUUAAUUUCUUUUGAGGUUCCUGUUAGCUUUUAAGACUGAACAUGUAUUGCUUUCACAUUAUGCUCUUGUUAAGUAGUAUAUUUUAAACUUUGCACAAACAUGAUUUUUUAAAAAAAAAGAUUGAAAAUGUAUUAAGUGUCUGUACAACUGCUUAGAAAUGGAUUGCUUUUAUUUUAUUUUCUUCAAAAGUAAAUAUAUUCCUAAUUUUAGGGUUGCAAAUUCUCUCAUGCUUUCUGAAUCCGUGCUUCAGGGAUUGCGAACACAUCCCUUCAGUCCUCCAUAAUAACAUGUGUCAGGCAUUCCUAGGAUCUCAGUCAUAGAAAGUAUCUACUGGCUAGUAUUCUCACCUAGGCGCCCAUCUGGCCAGGCCUUCCUGGUCUUGGGAUACUAUGUUUUCUACUUCAAGUUAAGCUCUUGAGCCCUGCCCCCCCUAGAGCUCACUCUUGGAGUGGGAAAAAAAGUACAGUGUUUUUCAUAUAUAAUGUGUUGGUUUACAGACUGCGCUUUGAACUAUAGUUGUAUUUUGCUGUGAUUCCAUUAAUUAAAUGAAAUAUAUAUUUACUAUAGAAAAGAAAGACAUUUAAAAGAGCUACCUGUUCACCUGUGCAGAGUCUAUGCAUUUCAGUUUCUUAGUGAAUUAAUUUACAUUUUAUGUUGUACAUGUUUGAAGUCUUCAUUGUACAAAAAUUCUCCCAGUGAAUCUUAAUUUGUAAGAGUUGAACCAAAACUUGUAUACAUUUCUAUGAAGAUUAGUUGCAUUAGUUGCACUUCAAACCAGUCUGUGUAUUCUUGCUGAGGUGUGAGUGUGAGCUGCCUUUCACUUGUAAGACUACAAGGGUAGUAUGUACUGCACAUGCUAGGGACACCACCACAUGCUAAACAGAAGCAUUCUGCAAUUAGAAAUUUCUCUUAGCACAGUCUUGUGGAAUGACUUUAUAUAUAACUCUACCUUUUCAAAUUCAGUUUCUUUUUAUGUAAAACACUAUUCCUAUCAAAAAAUUGUAGCUCAAAAAAUAAUUGUUUUAAUUUUGUUUUUGUUUUAAAAAAUACAGGGUGUAUUAUCUGUAUGUUUUGGUUAUUUGGGCACCAUUGGUACAAAAAGAAAACAAAAAAAGAAGCAUAAAGAAAGAAAUAGACCAGGCAUGCCCAAAACUUUGAAUACUUACAGCUGAGUAGAACAUGUUGAAGAGGGAUUCUGUUGGCUGUCACCUCUGACAGGACAGCCCAGACUGCUGACUAAGUGCAGAUCCCACCAGACCUUUUUCUCAAGAAGGACAGUGCAGCUGCCACUGAAGCCCAGUGCCUGUGCGAGCUCUCCCUGUAGCUUCCCCUGACAGCAGGGUAAGUCGCCAGCUAGGGAGAGCCUCAUGCAAUUUUGGUUCCCUUUUCUCUUCUUCAUUUGAAAAGAAGGAUAUUUUUUUUGACUGCAUUUAGAAUCUAAACAGGGGGACAUGCAAAAAAACAAUCACCAUCCACUUGGAUGUCAUUUUAUAAAUUAACACUGUGUGCUUUUGUAUGGAAAAAAUAUAAUUUAAUAGUAUAAGAAAAGAUAUAUAUUCACUUGCAUUCAUGCAAAACACAAGCUUCGGUGUACAAAAUUUUGUCUUAGUGAUUUAAAAAGGCAUGCUUUGCAAGCAAAGGAAAACCAUUGCAGUUAGUCUUUUAUCAUACCUGUAUCUUGGGUUUUCUAAACUGCUGGUUUGAGUUUUGUUACUCUUAAACCACAGUACGUGUCUGGAUAUCUUAGGUCCAAAGAACUGAACUGGUUUUAUUGACAAGGGUUCCCAAGCCAUGGAUGUUUGUCUGAUUCUUCCACAUUUGCAGGGAUCACAUUUGGAUGCGUGUGUAAGCUGUGCUAUAGCCAAUUCAGGUACUGAAUCUUUAGGGCUUGUUGGACUUCAUUGCAUUGGUCUAUUUUGGCAGGUACGUGAUAUUCAAAGCAUUUCUCGUUCUCCUUGCUGUAUCCGGGUGGUUAUAUUCUUUUGUGUGACUCAGAGCGCUUAAUUUAAACGUUCCUCCUGUGCUUGUGAUCCUUGUCCAUCUAGCUGCUUCUACAGUGUCAUACUGAGCUCUCAUACUCAUUCCCUCUCACUUCCUCUUUCCUCCUUGUGGUCCUCGGCUUCCCUCCAGCCUCCUCUAGAACUCAUUAUCCUUUAGAGUAAUACCACCCUUAACCAGCAGUUUAACUACCCACUCCCUCAAAGGGGACUCGUUUAUCUCACUAACCCUUAUAUGUGUAUUACUGUAAUAAAGCUAAGUUUUUUAAAUGUAAAUUUUCAUUGUGCAAUCAUAUAUAAGCAAUAAACCAAAAAUAGCAUC